UAUAAAGUUCAUGUUUUUGUAUGUGUUGGUAUUAAUAGUUGUUUGGGCCAUUUGUAUGUAGAACAUUAUUUUCUUCUUGUAUAUGUUGCUACUUGGUAGUGUAGACUCAAGUUCUUCGAUUUUGUAUUUAUGCUUGUUUGAGUUUUUUUGUUAUCAGGGUAUUCAAGAUUUUAGCAGAUAGGAUGGUGGGGUAUCUCAAAUAAGUAUUGGUAAUAAUAUUAUUUUUUGAGGUUUCAUUGAUAACCUAGUGGCAAGGCUUCUUCCUGUUGGCUAAGGGGGUUGGAACUUGGGCCAAAGUUCAUAUAUGUGUAGCCCAUUUUAAUUUUAAUAUUGUGGUCACAGCCAAGCCGCUAUGCAAAGGGGGAACAUUCUUCAAUAAACGAGGCAUCGGAAUUUGCUCUCCUAUCCCAAUAGACACCAAGCUAAUACUCCAAGUGAUUACAAUUCCGAAGGCGUAUAAUUUCAUGUAUUUUGAAUUCUAGGAUUUCUGAAACAGAAUGAGUGAAGACAUCUUUGAUGGACAGAUAUUGGCCAAUAAAUUGUCAAAACUUAACAGCUCUCAGCAAAGUAUAGAAUCUUUAUCCCGCUGGUGCAUCACUCAUCGUAAGAAGGCGAGGCAAAUUGUUGAGUCAUGGGAUAAACAAUUUAAAUCUGCUCAGAGGGAUCAGCGUGUUUCUUUUCUAUACUUGGCCAAUGACAUAUUGCAAAACAAUAGACGAAAAGGCAACGAGUUUGUAAAUGAAUUUUUGAAGGUCCUUCCUGCAGCUCUGAAGAAUGUCUACGGAACAGGUGAUGAAAAUGGAAAGAAAGCAGCCUCCAGACUGGUUGAUAUUUGGGAAGAGCGGAAGGUUUUUGGAUCUAGGGUACAGAAUUUAAAAGAUGCAGUUCUGGGUAAAAAUCUUCCUUCAGAUCCUGCAGUGGCCAGCAAUGUAGACAGUUCAGAUCCUAUUAAGAUAGUGAAGAGGGAUGCUCAUUUUUUAAGAAUUAAAUUGGCUGUUGGUGCUAUGCCUGAAAAGAUAUUAACAUCAUUUCAAACAGUAAAUGAUCAAAAUGUUAAUGAGCAAGAUGCCUUUAACAAGUUUAAAAGUGCAAUUCUCCGUGCUGGGGAAAUUGAAAGAAAUGCUGAAGGCAUGUCUUCUCAAGCGAAUAUGCAGGGAUCACAUUUGGUAAACGAUAUUCAGGAGCAGGAAACUAUACUCCAGCAGUGUAUCAAUCAACUUGAAAGUGCUGAAGGAACAAGGAGUGCAUUGGUUUCCCAGCUUAAAGAUGCAUUGGGAGAACAGGAGCCAAUACUGGAACGUAUACGUGCUCAGUUGCAGGUAGCUCGAGGUCAGCUUGAUCAAAUGAUAACCUUGAGAGGAAAAUUGAUGUCACCCCCGACAGUAGCUCCUAAUGCAACCAGAACUACUGAAGCUACCUUUUCUUUACCACUGGUAACUAAUGUUCCUCCAGCAGCCCAGACUGCAAUGUCUGCAAUUCCUAAAACUAUAGAAGAUGACAAGAAGGCUACAGCAGCUGCAGUUGUUGCAAAACUUGCUGCUUCUACGUCCUCAGCCCAGAUGCUCUCUUCGGUUUUUUCAUCCCUUGUUGCUGAAGAGGCUGCUUCUAUGAGUACUGGCUCAAAUUUAUCUGGAUUUUCUUCUGGUUCAUCCAUGUUUCCCCCAGAAAAAAGGCCUAGAUUGGAGAAACCAAUGUCUACUCCCAAUACCAACAAUUCUGAAGUUAACAAUCCAUCUUAUUUUACAUCUCAGCAGCCAUCAAGUGCUCUGCCAGUAACAAGUAUGCAGCCCAUCUCUCAGUCGGGCCAUAUGCAAUCGCCAUUUCCUCCUACAGCAGCACCACCACUCCCACCUGGAUUGCCUUCUAAUGCACCUACAAAUCAGUUUGUUCAACCUGGUAGCCUCAUGCCCUACGGAUAUGGUUCUCCUAACCUCCCACCACCUCCGCCUUUGACUUCUCAUGUCACAAUGAAUACAGCAAGGCCAACACCACCUCAGCUGCAACAGGCACCUCAAACUCAAAUGCAGCAAGAAAACAACAAUGGCGGGUACUAUCGCCCCCCAGGGAUCGGAUUCUAUGGGCAAAGCCAUCAGCCAACACCACCUUCCGCCCAAAGGCAAUGAGAUGAUCUGGUAGAUCCAGAAAUUAAUAGGCAUGUGACCUUUGUAUAUUAAUAGGCAUGUUCCAGAAAUUUGCAUAGUUAUCUUAAAUGUUCACCUCCAAAAUCCCCGUCUAUUGUUGCAUGAAAAAACCUCCCCGUCUAUUGUUACAUUGGGGGCUCUGCUAAGAUUAUAAGCCAUUUUAAUAGAUCAUGACCAACUCAAGACAAAUUAUUCUCUUCAAUUUCCCAACAUAAA